GUGUGGAAGACAUGAUGCCUCUCCUUCUUCUGAGAGAAACUGUAAGCAGACCUGACACUCUAACCAUUGUUCAUCAUAAUGCAGAAGGUUUACCAUCUCACAUCAGUGACCUCAAGAGUCAUCAUGAACUGUGUCUGGCUGAUGUACUGUGUCUCACAGAAACUCACCUACAAGGCUCUUUUGUUGCAGAAAGUCUUCAUCUGGAUGGAUACAACAUGUUCAAACGCAACAGACACGUGUCCUACACAAACUUUCCUCAGAUAGCUCACAGAAGUGGAGGCGGAGUUGCUGUCUAUGUGGAAGCUCCAUUCCCUGCCCUCAUAGCAGUCGUGUACAGACCUCCAGACUACAGUCUCAGACCGUUCUUGGAAAAUGUGGUAAGCCUUUUAGAUGCGCUCGGCGUGAUGGACUGCCAUCCAGUCAUUGUGUGUGGAGAUUUUAAUGAGAACCUGUUGUUAGGUGGAAGG